GUUAAAUAAACACGUGAAGUGAGACAGGUUAAAUAACUCAAUAUUUAAUAUAUUUACCUGUAAACUUUAAAAUGAUGCAUUUCUCUGUGAAUUCAUUGAUGAAUUAAUUGAUCGUAAUAAACAGUAUUUAAGUAUUUUGAGAGAUGAUUCAUUAUUAGAAGUAAAAAUUAAACCAAAUAACAUGAAAACAAGUUGUGGAAAUUCCUAAAUAAAGUUAUUCAUUAAUCUAUUGGGUAUAUUGUGGCUCUUUUCACCAGUUAAACUGCAGAUAAUCAGUUAUAUUUAUAAUAUUAUAGGAUAUUGUAAUCCAUCUCUACCUACUGAAUACAUAAGAACCCUUUGAAGAGCCCCUCUGAGUCUAUUCACUACAUUGAAGGUUUGAUCUCAGAACAUUAAUUCGAAUGGAGUUGAAUCUCUUUCUGUUUUGGACCCUCAGUCCUCUAGCUGGUGACCUCGUGUCACUAAAAGCUCCUCAGGACCAUGAAAACCACGAUGACACACCUGACUUACCUGCUGCUUUGUGUGUUAAUGCCACUUCCAGUCCCGGUCUGCAGGUCUGGUUCAAGUCCUGGAUGCAGGGCGGCAGACCUACGGUGGAGGUGGUUCGUUUGGGCCUGGUCUCCUACCAGGAGGCUUUGAGGCUGCAGCAGGUCUACGUGAACCGGCACCGGUCCGGUCCGGCUCACGCUCUCCUGCUGUGUCAGCACCCUCCGGUCUACACCACCGGGAUCCGCCACAAACCCUACCCGGCCCCCCUGCUGGACCGCCUCCGCCUGCUGGGGGCCGACGUGCACCGCACCAACCGAGGAGGACUCAUCACCUUCCACGGACCGGGUCAGCUGGUCUGCUACCCGAUCCUCCACCUGGACAGCUUCAAGAAGAGCGUCCGCUGGUACGUCAGUGAACUGGAGAAAACCAUCAUCUCCGUCUGCAGCAGGUUUGGUAUCGACGCGUCCACGUCUCCUCACACCGGUGUCUGGGUCGGAGACAACAAGAUCUGUGCCGUCGGAAUCCACUGCGGUCGCUACGUCACGUCUCACGGCUUGGCUUUGAACUGUAACACCGACAUGUCGUGGUUCGGCCAUAUCGUGCCGUGCGGCAUCAUGGGUAAAGGAGUGACGUCACUGAGCGCCGAGCUGCAGAGAGACGUCUGCGUGGAGGAGACCGUCCCUCAGCUGCUGGACGCAUUCAGGGACCGGUUCCACUGUCUGCUGACGGACGGACAAACAGAUAAAACCGAGCGGGACGGCGGAGGAUCGUCACCGUAGAAACUGACUUUAUCUGAUUUACAUGAAAAAAGGCCUUAACCUUUGAAGUGUACAAACUACCUUUAAAACGCGCCUCUGAAUUCGUAGCUUUAAAUAUCUUUAAGAUACAGAUUUAACGUUGUCUUUUUACUUAUUAAAAAUACUUUGAAUUUGUACCAAAUC